AUGUUUACUAGAGCGCUUACCAACCGUUGUCUGCAUCGCGGCGCUUCGUUGCCGGUCUCGUUGCAGCUCGGUGGGAAGAGCGCGCUUAUGGUGUUCGAGGACGCAGACAUUGACAAAGCCGUGGAGUGGGCGAUGUUCGGCGCGUUCUGGACCAACGGCCAGAUCUGCAGCGCCACGUCACGACUCCUCGUGCAAGAGAGCAUCGCCGACGAGUUCAAGCGGAAGCUCAAGGCGUGGGCGGAGGCCAUUGUGAUUGCGGACCCACUGAACCGCAAGUCGCGCCUCGGGCCGCUAGUUAGCGAAAGCCAGAUCCGAGCAACUUUCGUGGGGUUGAAAUCGUCCGGCAGCGCGACGCCAAGAAGGCACUCUUGA